AUGACUUCCGAUGCUGAGCCAACCGUCAUGGAUCUGACGGCAACUCAGUGUACAAUUUGUGGACUGUCUACGAGCGACGAGGUGAUGGUCAGCUGUGACGGAUGUUCUAAAUGGUUCCAUACAUGUUGCGUGGACAUCGAUGAGGACAAUCUGAAGAAGAAGUGGUACUGCCAAAGCAAGGCCUGCCAGGAGAAGGCCCAGGAGUACCGGCAGAAGCAGAAGGACACCAAGAAGCAGGCUCGCACCCGGAAACACGGCAACGAGUCGGACAAAUCCAGCGUCAGCUCUUAUCUAGCUGCGUCUAGCUUGGAAGCAAAGGGCCGAGCGCUAGAAGAGAAGCAGAAGCGGCAGUAUGAAGAGCUGGAGGUGGAGAUGCAGCUGCGGAAGAAGGAAAGGGAGAUGCAGCGUGCGUUCGAGCAGCAAAAGACGGAGUUGGAGCUGCAAAUGCGCGCUGAAGAAGAAGAAGAACAAAGGGCAUGGCAAGCGGAGAUGCUCCAAAAGAAGAAGGAGCAGAUUCAGCAGCUGAAGGCGAACCGGGAGUUGUCAUUCGAGAUGCAAAUGGCGGCCAUGGAUGAGGAGCUAGCGGAACUUUCGAGUCAAAAGUCGAAGCCGGCGCCGAAAGUAGUCAAGGACGUUUCGCGAGCGGGUCCUUCCGGCAAAGUCAACCCAAACGUGUUGAAGCUGAGAAAGGCGAACGUGAAGAAGCGCACGCGAGACUACGAGAGCACCGACGAAGAAGACGAGGACGACGAAAACUCCGACGAUUCCGAUCUGUCAACCCAGAGUUCGGAUUCUUCCAUGGAAGCCAGGGCGAGGAAAAGCGCUCCAAGGAAGACGUGCAAGAAAGUGGGAAGUGUCAGCCAAAACGGGCUGGGGAAGCAGCAGACCGGACCGACGAAGGCCCAGCUGGCCGCGAGGAUGGGAUUAACUUACAAACUCCCAAAAUUCUCCGGCAAACCAGCGCAGUGGCCAUUGUUCUACGCGGCCUACAAAGUUUCCAACGAUGUCUGCGGCUACAUGAACCACGAGAACUUGAUGCGACUACAGGAAGCCCUGGAAGGCGACGCUCUUGAGCUGGUGUCCGGGCAGUUGCUACUUCCCGAAACCAUCCCGCAGGUCAUUGAGAAGCUGCGUCGGCACUUCGGCCGCCCGGAACAACUGCUUCAAUGCCUGCUGGACAAGGUGAACCGGCUGGAACCCCCGAGGCCGGACAAUCUGAGGAGUUUUGUUCCAUUCGGAAACACAGUGGAGCAACUCUGCGGCCAUCUGGAGGCAGCGGAUCUACGGCAACACCUCGUCAACCCGCUGCUGAUAAAGUCGUUGGUUGCCAAGCUGCCGGAUCGGGAAAAGCGUGAGUGGAUCCACUAUCGGCGAGGUCGAGGGGAAAUAACGUUGCGAACGCUGACGGAUUUCCUGAUGGACAUCGUGGCAGACGCCUGCGAAGCUAACGUUGACGUGGAGUUCAAUCCAACGCCAUCGUCCGAAUCAGAUUCCCAAUCCGAAGAGGAGAGUUCGAACGAGGCUGGACUAUACUGUCACUGCGAAGCCAGCAGUUCGACCUACAACGCAAGUAAAGAGAGUAAGCUGAAACCGUGCAAGAUGUGUCAAUCCAAGGAUCAUCGUCUGCAGCACUGCGCGGAAUUCAAGAAGUUGCGGUACAAUGAGCGUUUGAAGCUGGUGAUGCACGAGAAGUUGUGCCAUGUCUGCCUCAACGAGCACGGAGGGCAGUGCAAGUUCAAAAUCCGAUGCAACGUCGGCGACUGCAGAGAGUUCCACAACUCGCUCAUGCAUCCGGUCGAAAACACGGUCGGGCUGAGUACACCCAUACGGGAAAACUGCUCGGUCUUGUUCCGGAUCGUUCCGGUACAGCUGCACUGCAGAGGUAACACAAUUUCGGUGUUGGCGUUCCUGGACGAAGGAGCUUCCGUCACGUUGGUGGAGAAAAAGCUCGCCGACCGUCUGGGCGCGGUCGGAGUACAAGAGCGAUUGACCAUCCGGUGGACGGGAAACACGUCGAGAGUGGAGGAUUCCCGAAGAAUGAGUCUGUGGGCGUCGGGAAUAGGCGCUGCAGCCGGCGGCAAUAUGCUGUUGCACACAGUGCACACGGUGGACAAAUUGAUGCUGCCACAUCAAAAGUUGGAUUCGGAGGAGUUUGCACAACAGUACGAGCACAUGCGAGGGCUGCCCAUCGAAUCGUAUGACGGACAGCCGCAGUUGCUGAUUGGGGUAAACAAUAUCCACGCGUUUGCACCGAUGGAGGCAAAAGUGGGUACGCCUGUGGAACCGAUUGCGGUUCGGACCAAACUAGGAUGGACGGUGUAUGGGCCGCGACAGGAAACCUCAGCGGCGGCCGACAACUAUCUCGGCUACCACCGGCAGAUGACAAACGAGGAUCUGCCACCGCAGCUACUCGAGAGCCAGUAUGCGUUGAAAGAAUCGGUGGUGGCAAUUCCGCGGGGAACCGCAGGGAAGAAACGUUGUCAAGAAAUACGAGAGCGAACCACCCAACUCGUCAACGACCGCUGCGCAACCGGAUUGCUGUCGAAGGCCCGCGGUCAAGAAGUUAAAACCUUUCCUCAACCGGACAGUCCUAGAAGAACCACCACGAACAUGGUCCCGAACGCAAGAAGACAGGUUGAACAGCAAAAUAGGCGGGUUCGAAAUCCGAAACGGGAUGACCAACUCGCUGGAAGCUCUACGGAGCCUAGAAGAGGCGAAGCCGGUAACACCGGCGCAUUUGAGCUGUGUCAUCCUGCAGAUGGCAAAGGAGAGAGGCUUGGGGGCGAUCAGGGAUCCAAGUGGAGACCAGCGUUUUCGACUCGGUUUUUGACGAGGCACCGCGGCGAGUUUUUGCCGCAGCUGGACGAGGAAAAGCGGCCGUCGAGAAGGCUCGUCGCAAAUGGAACAAGUCCGGACGAAGUCACGAUCGAUCGGCAGAAGAAAAAGUGUUGGGCGAUUCGCGCGCUUGAUGAGGGGUGUAAGUUGUCGGACAAGGUGCUGGCAACAACAAGCAGAAGCGGCUGGCAUGAUCGAAACCGAAGCAUUGACGUCGGUAUACCUUCCGAUGGUCAACCAGUGGUCGAAAUGGUUCGACGAUCAGCAACUGCUUCGAAAGGGCGACUUGUAUUCGUGGUCGAAGGCAAGAACCAUAGGUCCUGGACAUGCUCCACAAGCCAACGUGAGGACACAGAUGGUAAGGUACAGAGACAAGGCGUAAUAAAGGUUGCGGCGUCAAAAGGUAAGGUAAAUCCAGGAAUGCAGGAUGUUACGGGCUGGGGUGUUGCGACGCCGCAACAAAAUAACUUUUCUGGGCCGGUCUAAAGUUGAACCAGUCUAGCCGCAGCAUAACUGCAACAUGACAGUUCUCGCGCACAGUGGUAGUGGUAGGCGAAAUGAGAGAUGAUAUGUGAGAUAUAGUACAAGCGAUAAACAAACGGGGAAAAGUGUAGUUUCGCCAUCGCAAAAGAAUUAUCGAAAUCGACAGUUUUGCAUUUGUUGAAUUAUAGUUCGUUUAUUUAAUUCCAGAUUUAGAUAAUUAUUUGAAUCAGUUGGUAGUUUUGUUGUGCAGUGUACGGUGAUAGAUAACCCCCGUGCAAAUACCGGUUCCUGGCGGUUCCUGAAACAAGGAAAAUAGCCAAAAAUACUUACCGUGCCAGUGGAUUCUAAUGUAAGUAGAUGAAUCAUAGAGAAAUUGUAUGCAAAUGAGUAAUAAUUGUACGAAUUUGUGACCCCAUAAAAUAACUCUAACAUAGCGUACACCGACUAGGGUAGCGGUCCCAAGUUUCGUCAAACUAGGUUGGAGAAGUCAGAAAGGAAGUCGUGACGAAGGAAACCACUUAAUUGUGAGUAGCUUAAGUUAAAUUAGUAUUAGGAAAAAAGUUUAAUAAUUUGUUUGAAAUAAAAUUUGCAGUUUAAGCAUUGCUGUAAACGAAACGGCUGCUUUAAAAAAACCGGUUUCCCUCUCGGGAACAGGGAAUAUGUUUUGCAAUUCAAGUAAAAAUAAUAAUACCGGGAAAAAACUGAAAAUUCCGGGAAAAAAACGGGAGGAAACCGGGAAUUCAAAAUCUGUUAUUCACUGGCCACCCUGCAUUGUGCUUUGCAGUGUUGAUUGGUUGAACUGAAUGUAGAUUCAAUGGUAAAUUUUAAAAUCAGAUUUCAAUGCUCUGAUAUAGUGAUUCCAAUUAUACUACGGCAUAGUGUAACGGUAUGUUGUCGAAAUCACUUAUGUACCGGGAAAUAUAAUUCCAAGCUAGUGAGAAUAUUACCACUGAGGGGGGUUAUGAGCACAGUCAGACCCUUGAUGGGACAAUAAUGUGGGAUGGUAGUAUAUGGGAAUACCAUUGAAGGUGGUAAUAAUCUCCGAGGCUUAUGAAAUCCGACAGGGCGCGUGCAUUAAAGCCUGCGCACUUUAGAAUCGGUACACUUUCAACCGGCUGCCGCUCAAAAACGGUGUCACUUGGAAAAAAGUGUUGUUAGAAGCAAUUGAAGCUUAUCUAUUGUUGAUUGUAGAAAAAGUAUAAAAUUUGCUGUUUUUAUAUUUUUAGAUGAACUAUUGAUCUGAAUUCGUAAAUAGUGCCAGUUUUUUCUGCACACAUUGAGGCAAAAACCAAUCAUUGUCAGAUUCAAGAUUUGUGUAGGAAUAUAUAAUUAUCAAACCCACCAAUUAUGCAGUAUAUAAUAGUUCUUGGUAUUAUGAUUGUUGAUUAAGGGAGGUAAAAUAUUCCAUGAGUGUUUUAAAAUUUCCAAUAUAGCUAUGGAAAGCCUUUGAAGGGUUUUAUGGAAAAUCAAAGACUUGCAUAGAUAUUUAAGGUCAAAAAAGUUGUUUUCGCAUAAGCUUUAGCUCGGCAAAUACGCAUACGGGAAGGAUACUAUACGAAUAGUAUUGGUAUACAAGAAACCAAUGAUUUGAUGUGGAACAAUAUAAAUAAUCGUGGCUCGAAAGCUGUAUGGACUAUUGCUGACGAAAUUCAUUGGAUGUGUUUUGAUGGCGUGAAAUAUCUAACGAUUUUUUAAUAAAACUGAAUCUACUCAGAAGUUUUUUAUUUGUAAUCAUAUAAUCACAUCUAUAGUUCCAUAAUCAAUAUGGUUUUCAGUGUUUUAUUCAUGAAAACUAUCUUAUUUUAGGUUUAUUAUGAGGAGUUAGCCUUAUGACUGUUAAUUUCCGACUACUGUGAGGGAAAACUGCUAAUAAUUCCAAAUAUAAUCCAGGUUUCGAUAUGAAUUAAGUUGGGCCACUUGAAUUGGGGAAUUGUAGAUCCAAAAAACGAUCUCAGGAAAUAUUUUUUCAUGAAAAAUAGUGUGAGUAAAAUUAUGUUUUGAAUAUAGCGUGAAUGGCCAAUAAGGCUAUAAGUUUAUAAUGGUCUUGUGAACCAUAUUUGUCAAGAGUUUAAUGUCGUAACUUGUUUUGAGCACAUGUUUGAUGAGUAUAAUUUUGUUUCUUGUGGAAAUAUUAGCCCGUAAGCUGUGGAAUUUGAAAAUAUUGACGAUCAUUGGUUUGUGCAGAAUAAAAUGGCAUGAAUUUCACAAACAGGUCAAAAUUUUAUCUUGAACAAAUAAAAACUAAAUAAAAGAAAAUCGGGUUAAGUACGGUUCCUUUGAAUUCCACUAAGAAUUUGCAUCCUUUGACA